AUGCAAUUACUGCCAGCCAUCCUGCUCCUUGUCAGCCCUCUGGCACUAGGAUUAACGCCACUUUCCUUCCUGCAAUCACUGGGAUCGAAUAGUUUUCUAGCACAGGACAACACCCAGAAAGUCCUGAACACUGAAAGCCAGACCCCGAAACCCUCCUGGGGGCGUCACACUCUCCCGACCUGGUACACAUCCACCAUUCUAGCACGGCGUCUCCUGCACAAGUCCACCGUCGGCCGUAUCUCCACCACUUUCCCAGCAUCCAUCAUCCCUGACCCAGUCCACCACUACAAUCCGCCAGAAAUGGUUUCGGGGCUCCCUAUCAGCCUGCCGGAAUACUUUGCCUCGUGCCACCCGGAUGGUAACCCAACCAUCCUAGGCCUCCACCUCGGCACUACUUUCAAAAACGCUGCCUUCGGGUCCAACGUCUCCCUCUCCGUCGACUGGUGGGACCACAUCGCUUCUGGCACGGAUAUCACUCUCCGAGACCUAUCGAACAGUCGCAUGGCGCUACCGCGCGCCGUGCUGAUGGGGUACCUGGAACCGUACCCAACCGCGGACCCCGAGACGAGAGUGGGUCUGGAACGGUGUUUUCUGAACGCUCAUCCGGACGCGAGGGCUUGGCUGCCCGGUCGGGAGGGCGCGGCGCAUGCAGGAUUCUGGGCCAGGUUGGUCGUUCGCCAGGUGUUCUGGGUGGGGGGGUUUGGCGAUAGGGCGUUGAUUGGGUGGGUGAAUAUGACCGAGUGGGAGGGGAUCCGGGAGAAUGGCAGUGAGAGUGGCGUUGGUGAUGGCAGGGGGUGGGGGGAUGUGUUGCUACCUGGAGAGUGA